ACGAGUCUGUGGAGCUCUGGUGACAUCAUGUAAAAAUGACAGAGUGCUAAAAGAGAGAGAGAGAGAGGGAGGAAGGGAGAGAGAGAAAUUGGGAGGAUGGAGAGAACCUUUUCACUCCCAAAUCCAGCAGGUGUUGUGCAGUAAGCCAGAUCUCAGGUCAGUCUGACCGCAGGUGAGCGAGAGCGCUUCGCAACCCCGAAUGAAAGGAGGAAGUGGCCAGUGUGUGAUUGUGUGAUCGCUGGAGCUAGGCGAACAGGUGCUUCUGUAAACUGACACGACUCUUCCAUUCAUCUGAAGCAACAGAGGCACUUCAAGAAAACAAAAGCCGAUGGGGGGGCGAGAACGGCACCAUGAAUGACAACGGAUGACUACCGCAUCUCACUGGGACUGAGGCCAGAGACUUGUGGACGCUGUCCACAGAAAAGGGACUUCUUUGUCACAGUGGUGGGGUUGGAGACUAAGGCGACAAGAAGAAAACAAAAGGGAAAACAAACAGUUCCUCCACAGCGGAUUGUAAAUGGACUGUCAAACCUCAAUGACAAAAUCGAUAUAAACACCAGUUGUGUGUCUGUCCCAGCACCAGUGCAUGUUUGGGCUGGAGAGGAGAUGAUCGCAGGGACAGCGUCUUUUCUGAGUGUGCCGCGGCUUCUCUUGUGUCCCACCAGACACAACAGAUUUUUUUUCGGUCUUGAACGAAACUACGAUACUGACUGCACUCAUCAGUCAGCCAGACUUCCUGUCAUCAUAACACACCUGUGGAUUUCAACACGCAUUGCCCAUCCACAUUCUCUGGAGUGACUGCAUAACUUUGAGUUGUUUCUAUUUUCCCUCUUGGACUGUUGUCAUAUAAUUAUGUUAAGUCUUUGUUUUUGUUUGACACUGAAUGGUAUGUUUUUUCCUGCAUUUUUGAAACUCUUUUUGAAACCACACUGGCUAAAUCCUUCUCUGAGCUGACCAGACCUAAUGGAGGGCUAUGAGAAAUGGAGUACCAAAUAUAUAGCAAAACCACUGGAUGCUCCGAAAAAGGGGGGUUCACUGAAAGAACAAUGUUCAAACUCCAUUGACUAAUCAGUUUUGUCUGUAUAGUUAUAUUAUAGUUCUGCAUAUCAGCCAUCCAGGCUUGGAUUUAUUGAAGGACUCCUCUUGAGCAUGAGUGUGCCAAUCAGAUCUGCUGUUAUGAAUCAGAACACACUGCCCAAGUCGUCCGGCACGGUGCGGAGCGGUGCCCUCUCAGCUGAGUCACGGUCAGACACCGCAGUGGCUCCGUCCGCCAAUCGCCCCGCGCAGGGUUCAGCCACGGCGCGCUUCACCGUGCGUUCUGCCAACUCUCUCCCGAGCACGAGGCUCAGGACAACGCCUCUGAGGAGCACGCGGCACGUCUUUCAGGAGGAGGCCGGCAAGACGGAAACGGAGGAGGUCGGACAGGGGAAAACUGUGGGCUCCGCUGGCCCUCAGUUGCACAUUCCCGCAGGGAAUCGCAAGGACAUGGACGUAAGAGAGAGAGGCAGAGGUCCAAAUCGUGUCAAAUUUACACCUGACACCAAGAUGACCGCUGACGCGGGGGCGACCCGGAGUUCCACCGCUAACGAUGCAAAACCCAGAUUCAGUGUGGACGAUAAGGAUGAUCCAGGAAAGGCCUGCGGCCCAUUAGGAAGUGCAAGAGGAAGGACCGAGUGGAGGAAGGAGAGCAUGCAAAACAGGAGCAAGAGCCUAGACUGGAGGGGCGGAGUAGAGGGCAGAGGCAGAGCAGGGAUUCAGAACCUCUCGACUGGAGCUGCAGUCAGACGAGCAGAGAGUUUGGAGAGGAGAGAGGUCAAAAACAGCAGCCUGGACAGAAAGGCAUCAUACAAGGACUAUGGAGAGGCUGGCAGUGUCUCGUCUCGGAUACAAGCAUACUCUGCCGUAAGAGGGAGUGAGAGGCCUUUACCCUCAUUGGGAGAGGGAGUAAGGGGUACCUCAUCAUUGAGGUUGAAUCGAGUAGUCCGUACUCUGGAUAAGGCAGGAGGGGAGCGGUCAUUGCCACUGCGACUCAGACCUCAAGACACCCUGAGUUCACCUGUGGAGGGCCGUCACCCGUGGAGGCAGACAAGUCAGGAGGAUGCGGGUCUAGGUGGAUCAAAAUCUAAUGAGGUCACUGGAAACCAAACUAUCUUGGAUCGAAUCGAGAGGCUCUAUGGAAUGAGUGGAUCAGAUGAUGCCCGAGCCAAACGCCAUUCUGCUCCUGUUGGUGAUUGGCUUGACAACUUGCCUUCCGAUUUGACUUCCAGCCAAAGAAAGCUGAGCUCAGAUAUUGGCAGCCCAUCCUACGCCCUCCAUAACCCAAAAUCACCGACGUCGCAUAAUGUAGAGAAGGGAGGAACUUUCCCCAGGAGGUUUAGUCCUGGUGACUGCAAUUUCUCACGAAAUCCUCUUUCCAGGAGAGACACUUUACCCAGUCAGAGCAGCCCAGAGGCCCCAAUUGCCUCACGAUAUCGGGAAAGAUCCACUGAGAGGAAAGCUCUCCCUCCGGAGGUUGGUCUCUACACCAAAUCUCUGGACAGAGCCAGGAGCAGGCUUUCGGCCACAGCUCAGCUAAAACACCUGAGAGAGACGGAGACACCGUCCAAAGAGUUUAGCAAGGAGACAUUCUCCUCACGUCUGAAAAGCUCUGGUGUUGUCAAGGAAAGCAGUUUAAAAGAACAGGAGUCAAAAGUUACUAUGGAUAAAGACGUCACAGGGUGGAAAGCAAAAGAGAGCGUGACUGCCAACAGAGGAGACGAAGGCCGAUGCAAAUUUGGGAAAUCUGAUGGCCUAGAUAAAGUCAACAGGACAAAAGAUUCUCAAGUGACAUUAGCUAUGGCUAGCAAAACAUCAGAGUCAAAUGUUGGCAAGAUUCCGACCAAGGAACAUUCCUCAGACAAAGGUUUAUCAAAGCCAUCUAAUGCCCAGGCCUCCCCAACAAAGGAGUCCAUCAAUAGUCCAGUAGACGAGGACGUUUUUGACACGCGUGUCAAAUCAGUGAAGGGCCCAAUUGGAAAGCUAUCAGACACCGAGAAGGGUAAAUCUAAUAACCCUUCAAUGGACUCAGUGCGGAGCACAAUCCAUAAGUUUGAGGCACUGGCCCAGCAAAGCCAAACUGCCACCCAGUUGAAGUCCAGAAGAUUCUUUUCUGUGCCAGAGCAUCCAAAGGAUAGGGGAGGAUUGAAGAAAAGUGAAUCUGAUCAUGCUUUGGCAAGGAAGAUGCAAGAGAGUGUGAGGGACAAAGCUUGGACUAUGAGAUCCAUGUCUGUGGAUGAGGUAGGACUGAAGCAAGAUAACUCUGACAAGUUUGAAAUGGGCUUGAGGGUUGGAACUCAAAAACCAGCCUCAAAAGUAACAGACCCCAAAUCACUUGUGGAUCUUCAUAAGAUCAGAAAAGACGUGGAUGAAACCGAUUCUCCUACUGUCUUUGCUAUCAGAAACACAGUUACAGUUCAGGACUGCGUUAAACGCAACCGUAAACCAGAGGGCACUCUCUUCCCAUAUCACCAAAACAAUCACAAUAACAAUUCUAACCGGAGAGCCGAAUUUGAGCAAAAUGACUUGGCAACCCCCGGGAGUUUCUCAAAAGUUUCAGACAGUUCAGAGGAUGACGCAGACAAGACACCCACCAAUUCUCCCAAUAGUCUUCCCCUGUUUCCUAGCUUUAAUGGCCAUGGCUCAACCCCAUUCAAACCACAUGUCUCGACAAACAACGACAUCCACCCUCCAUCUGAUGCUGACUCUGAACCACCCACCCCCACAAACAGCGUCCACUUCACCCGGGGCCCUCUGCUCAAUCAUGGUCUUCCAGGGCUCACCAGUUGCCCUCCCCUGGAUAGACUGACUCUGCUGGACAAGGCAGGGAGCCCAGGGCCUUUCAGCCCGUCAGUAGUCAGGUGGAGCUCCGACGAGGAAGAUGACGAGGAGGAGGAUGAUGAAGAUGGGAACUCAGACUGUGACUCGGACUCUGGUGAAUCUUCGGUGACCAUCACCAGUAACAUGAGCCGGAGGAGUUUCUCAGUCAGCCUGGCGGAGCUGUGUAAUUUUGGAGGAGUGGACUACUCUCCUCCAGAUGACAGCGAGGACGAUGCUGACGACUGGCCCUCCGGCCGCUCAGCUUCCCUGAGCUCGGACAUCUCCGCUCUGUCCUGUGUCACGCUCCUGGACACAGAGGAGCUCGACAGCCUCCUGCAGGACGUGCGAAACCUGGGGGAUGACACCUUACAGAAAUAUGAUGACGUCCAAGUGGUGGUCCUGCAUAAGGAAAUUGGCACUGGUAUGGGCUUCACUGUGGCAGGAGGAAUUGACCAAAACAAGCCAGUCACAGUGCACAAAGUCUUCUCACAUGGUGUGGCAGGGCAAGAGGGCUCCAUUCAGGAGGGCGACCUGGUGCUGUCAAUCAACGGCACCACGCUGCAGGACUCGGGCCACUGGGAGGCUCUGCGCACACUACGGAAGGCCAGAGGGCGGGGCAUGGCUGUAGUGGUCCUGCAGAGAGCCAGAGUCAGCGAUUCCCAUCAGAAACGGACCAAUCCUGUGAAAGGAACUCCGAGCACAGAUGCGGGAGAGACAGGUCGGCAGCUGAAAGUGACACUGAAGAAGCGAAGUUCUGAUCUUGGCUUCAGUCUGGAGGGAGGGGUGGGGUCCAGCCAGGGGGACAGACCCCUCGUGGUCCAAAAACUCUUCCAAGGCGGACCCGUUGAAGACAUCCGUCCUGGAGAUGAAAUCCUGGAGAUCGAGGGCCACAGCAUGACUGGACUUAUGCGUUUGGAAGCCUGGCAGUUGAUCAAGAAGCUUCCUAUAGGCACCGUGGAGGUGUUGCUACGCCGUGCUUCCAAACCGCGCUGACAAACUUACUGCCAACAGACGUCCUAUCAUCGUUAUCAAUACUGCCAUAGCAACUAUUUAAAGUAUUUUAAGCACUGGAGGACCUCUCAAAGUGUCUGGUAAGACAGAAGAGAGGCAUGUUUUGUACCAUGACAUUCCUUGUUUUACAAAGAAGCACAAUUUUUAUAUCCAUUGCGUCCAUUAUUGUAAAACAUGUAUCUGACCCUUUGAAGAUAUAAUUGUUUCUCUUUUAAUAAAAUAUAUAAAGCUUUGUAUUUUGUAAAAAACA